UAAUCCGUGCUUUCAUUUUUCAAAAACAUCACAACAAUCGUGGUGGUUAACAAAGAAAUAAGUUUGAAUAUGUCGAUGCGCCCGGAUGAUCACAGAAGAAAAUGGAAUCGCGAGGAAUACGAGAAACUGGCCGAAGAGCGCAAAAGGGCCGAGAAGGAUUUAAAAGAAGAGUCCGAAAACAAGAAAAAAGGGCCGCCAGUAAAGAGAGAGCUGCUGAAAACUCGAGAAUACAAAGUGGAUUUGGAUUCCAAGCUUGGGAAGAGCAUCGUUAUAAACAAAAAUACGCCGACCUCGCAAUCUGGCGGUUAUUAUUGCAAUGUUUGUGACUGUGUCGUUAAAGAUUCUAUCAAUUUUUUGGAUCACAUCAAUGGAAAGAAACAUCAGAGGAAUCUUGGCAUGUCGAUGAAAAUAGAACGUAGCUCAUUGGACGCAGUUAAAAAACGAUUUGAACUGAACAAAAAGAAAAUGGAAGAGAAGAAAAAGGAAUAUGAUCUGCAUUCGCGCCUAGGUGAGAUUGCGGAAGAAGAGGAACGGCUGAAGGAAUAUAGGAAAGAGAAACGGAAGGAAAAGAGAAAAAUUGAAGAAAGUUUAGAGGAGCCCUCAGAUGUACCUGACGAACUGGCGAGUAUUAUGGGCUUUUCGGGUUUUGGCACUUCCAAAAAGAAAAAGUAACCAUUUGGUGCCUAAUAUUAUUAGAUUUUGUUUUAUUAUUGAAUGGUAGUGAAAGUAAAAUACAAAGAUAUAUAUGUAUAAUUGCAUUGUUUUAUUAGGUAAUCAUGAAAUGCGAAUAAUAAAGCUGGUAACCUAA